UUACCCGCGUAUGAACAGACGACUUUGUUUGGCGGGAUUGAGCAGAGAAGAAGAAGCAAACCCCAGUCGUCUAUUCGGAACCAUGCAGUUUCCCAGCAGAAGAAGGAAGUUCAUCACCAACUCUCAGACGGAGCUCUAUGGACAUCCUCUGCAGUUCUACGGGCAGCCACCUCUGGAAAACAUCUGUCUCACUGAAUUUGAGGCAUUUGCUGUGGAUCGGCUGAAACUGUUGAAGACCAUUGAGAAUUUGGGCGUGAGCUGCGUGAAGCUGUCCGAACAGUACAAAAAGAAACUGGAUUCUGAGUCUAAAGCCCUGAACUUUCCUUACAGACCAGACGCUGAUGACAGGAAACCUCAGGCUGGACUGAGUGAACAUGAGAAACGCAGAAAGGACCACAUCUCCCACUUCAUCCUCAGACUGGCCUACUGCCAAACGGAGGAUCUGAGGCGGUGGUUUAUACAACAGGAAGUGGAUCUUUUCCGCUACCGCUUCAAUGAACUGUAUCCGCCACAGAAGCUUGAAUUUCUUCACAGAAAUAAUCUGCAGUACGACACUAUUAGUGUCGAGGAGAAGAAGACUCUGCGGGAUAAACUCGUCAACUCCAGUUACACCGUCAGUGGAAUCACUGUGGAGGAGCAGGACGUCUACAAAGUCCCAUUUCAGGAUGCCCUGGAUCUCGUGCGAACAAGGAAAGUGUACCUGAAAGCGGGCUACGUGUACAUCCCUCACCAGGACAUUGUCACCAUUGUUCUCAACGAUUUCCGCACCCGGCUGUCUAGAGCUCUCGCACUGACGGCCCGCUCGCUACCAGCAGUGCAUUCUGAUGAACGACUCCAACCGCUCCUUAACCACCUCAGUCACGCCUAUGUGGGACAGGAUUACAGCAUCCAGAAGAAUGUUGGGAAAAUCUCCUUGGAUCAAAUUGAUUCACUUUCGGGAAAGUCCUUCCCGCUCUGUAUGAGGCAGCUCCACCAGUCCCUCCGAGAGAACCACCAUCUCCGCCACGGCGGCCGCAUGCAGUACGGCCUCUUCCUCAAAGGGAUCGGCCUCUCCCUGGAACAGGCGCUGCAGUUCUGGAGGUCAGAGUUCAUACGAGGCAAAGUGGAUGCUGACAAGUUUGACAAAGCAUAUGCCUACAGCGUGCGCCACAUGUUUGGCAAAGAAGGCAAGCGAACAGACUACACCCCCUACAGUUGCAUGAAGGUGAUUUUAUCAAACCCACCCAGCCAAGGCGACCAUCAUGGCUGUCCUUUCCGUCACAGUGACCCAGAACUGCUGAAGCAGAAGCUUCAGGUCUACAAAGUGUCUCCCAGUGGGAUCAGUCAGAUCCUGGAGCUGGUUAAAGGGAUGCACUUUCAGCUGGCGUGCCAGAAGUACUUUGAGCUGACGCACAACAUUGAGGAAGCCAGUUUCUCGCUCAAUCACCCCAACCAGUACUUUAUAGAGAGUCAGAAAGCUUUGGGAGGAGGCAAGGACGUCAAGCGAGAGACGGACACUCCUCAUAAGUCGCAGGAAAAUCCGGCCUCCAAAGGAUCCGGUGCUACUGGAGAGUCGGCAGCAAACACCUCGCAGGGUUUGGCUGAGAUGACGGAGGAACUGGACUCCUACUUCCAAGAUGCCUGAUUUUCCUUUUGUGUGUUUUUAUCUGGUUUUUUUUUUAGGUGUGGUACAUAAUCUAGCUGUACAUGACAUGUACAUGUCAUUCCUCUAUAUUCUCAACAUAGCAGACUUUAAGUUGACCUUGACUGGACCUAAUAAAACUUCAACGUCGGACCAAAGCAGAGCUUUGUUUAUUCCGUUAUGUCGGUGACGCAGCGUCAUUCAUUUUUCUGUUUAAGCACACUGUUAAACGUUAUCUCUGUAUUUCCGUCUUUUUUCCCACACUGGUCUGAACUCUGAUGGCUUCUAUCCAGUCUCAGUGCUCAGUGUUUUGGCAGGAAUGUGGUUGUCGGGGGGGGGGGGGUUGAUGACUAGAACAUUACCCAGCUGUCUCAGAAACAAUGUCAUUGUAUUUGCUGGCAGGAGGAUGGAUGAAUUGUGGCAGUAGGAUGGAUGCAAAUAAACUAUUUCCCCAUUUGUAUUAUGCCGCCUUGGAAUGUUUCCUCAUCGUGCACAAUGCAGUUUAUUCAUACAUGGUCCGCAGAUAUUUCCUCCUCCUCUCGAACUUCUGUUUGCAAU